UUUACAAUUGCAUACUCAAGGAAAUCACGCCGACUUCAUGAACCAUAAGCAACAACUCAGGAAACCAUUGCCAACGACGACCAGUUCAGCAACCAGAAGACAACCUCCCAAGCACACAAAUAUGUCAAGCACAACACACAGCAGCAAGUCAGGCCCAAACCAAGUCGUGGACAACGAAUCAAAAAACGGGUACAAUUUCGUGAAGCCGAGCACAUGGUCCAACGGGCAGGCAGAGGACUCGGAGUUCAAAGUCCCAGUGGGUGCCACGGCCCAACUCGCAGAGAACGACGACGAGGCCCUGCCAGGCGUGCCGGGGCCGGACCACUCGGCUCGAGACACGCUCCGGAAGCAAGCCAAGCCUGUCUUCAACCGGGGGCCCUCCAUGCUCGACUUCACGGCCGUCACGUCCGCGGGGCCGACGCCCGCCGGCGAGGUGCCCCCGUCGGCGUCGUACUUUGACGGUUCGCGGCUGCGUGAGUCACACCUCCCCGACAUGGAACUGAAGACGACGAGGAGGCAGACGGUCACUGCGACAGAUUUGGAAUUACCCAGCCGGGUCCCCGGCGGCGAGGUUCAAGGUGCCGACGGGUUUGCCCCGCGGACAUCUCGAGGGUAGUACACUGGAUGAGACAAGCGGUGGAAUAGGGUGAACAACAUACACGGUAGUCAUACAUAGAUAAUAAUAUAGUCUUCAAAGGUUCUGAAUGCGUUGUCAAC